CUGAGUUACAUACAAAACAGGUAAGAUCAUAAAUUGAAAACCGAAUGAAUGGACCAUCAUAUGGGAUAUGCUCAAUAGUUUAAGGUUGAAGGUUUAUGGAUUAAUUUCCCCAUCACGACUUUUCAAGGCAACGAUGCGGACUUCUCUGCGGGCACUCUCUCUCUUCGUAAUACUUUCUCUCCUCCACAUCCACUGCCAAGGGGCCAGGCAAUCACAGGAUCUCAAAUGUGGAGCAUGCAGGGCUCUUGUGGAUGAGAUGGAGUGGGCGAUCUCUCAAGUAGAUCCCAAGAAAAUGAUCCAGACUGGAUCCUUCAGAAUCAACCCUGAUGGCAGUCAGUCUAUAAGAGAGGUUCCGCUUGCGCGCUCUGAGGGGCAUCUCUUAGAGCUCAUGGAGGGCGUCUGCGAGAAGAUGAAUGAGUACGGCGAGCGGGUAGACCCCACGUCCAACCGCAAGACCUACACGAGAAUCACCUCACGAGACGGCAAAGCAAUGGACCUCUCAGAUGGAGCCCUGGAUUCCAGAGUCUCGGCCCAAUUAAAGUUCGCUUGUGAAACGAUUGCUGAACAAUACGAAGAUGAACUCAUUGAAUUCUUCGCUCAUGAGAAUGAUAAUGUGAAGGACAAACUGUGCAGUAAGAGAACAGAUCUUUGUGACCAUGCUUUGAAAAUGCCCCAUGACGAGUUAUAACAUUAAGCCUCCACUGAGAUCCUCCUGUUGAUGCACAACAUUAGGCUCAUCAGUAAGCAGUGGGGGUUAAUCAACAUUAAGACAAACUGUUUUUUUUUUCUCUGUAGCAUAAUUAAUAAUUUAUGUGAAACCAGUGCAUCAAAUCAACACUUGACUUGUAUUCAGGAUUUAUGUACUCUCAAAUAUUUCAUGGACCUGUACACAAGAAGGAUUUCUAAGUCUGUUUUUCACAGCACAGCUGUUUUUUGUACACCACUGUUUCGAUCCUUAAUAUAUCUGAUUAAUAGAUUCAGAUUCAAGUUCAGAUGAUCUUUAUGUUUAAUCUGAAGACAUUUUGCAAAUCUACACAAAAUAAGUGUUAGAUCAGGAUCAGUUUUAUAUGUUACUGUUGGAUUCAAAAUGUACAUUAAUGUCAUCACAAGUCCUGCCUUUGUCCUUUACUGAAUUUUGAUGUAUCUCAACAUUGGACAUGCUUUCUGUUUUUUGUUGUUGUUUUUUUGUUUUGUUAUUUUCUUAAAGCCUUACAUGUUUUGGGAUCUGUUUUUUUUUUUUUUUUUACAAAA